UGUGUCCUGCUCUGAGCGGAGCACGCAACGAUCUUAAAGCUGGAACAGAAAACGUUGACACGCUCGACACGCGAUGCUCGCUGCGACGUGAAGCUGGAAUUUUGGACCAAUGAGAUUCGGAGCUUAUGCAAAAGAAAAGCAGCAAGAGUCUGAACUGUCCUGGUGGGCCGGUAUGCCCCGUAACGCCGGCCGUCUGAUGGCCGACUACGAGAUUCCUCCGGCCUCGGAGCUCCAGAGACUCCUGUGGGUCAAAGCCGGAACCAGCGGCCAUCUGGACGAGGUCAGGCCUGGAAUAUACAUCGGAGACAUGUACGCAGCGAAGGACAGGCACUUGCUCCAGUCUCUGAACAUCACAUUUGUGCUGAACGCAGCUCACGGGAAGUUCAACGUGAACACAGGAGCCAGUUACUACAGAGACACUAAAAUCAGCUAUCACGGCGUGGAGGCCUUCGACAUGCCCUCCUUCGACCUGAGCCCCUUCUUCUACUCCGCUGCCAAGUUCAUCAAGACUGCCACGAGCACCCCUGGAGGUAAGGUGCUUGUGCACUGUGCGAUGGGCCUGAGUCGCUCUUCGUCGCUGGUUUUAGCAUAUCUGAUGAUCCAUGAGGGCAUGACGCUGGUUGACGCCAUUAAAGCCGUCGCACAGCACAGGAAUAUCUGCCCAAACUCUGGCUUUAUGGAGCAGCUGAGAGAACUGGACAAAACAUUGCACUGCCAGAGCGCUGGCUUCUAACAGCGGACCGAUCGCAAACACAGCAGAUACAGCAACUUAUUCACAGGAAUUCCCUGAUAGAAAUGCAUGAUUCAGAAUCUGCCUUCCUACAUGAUUUGAUACAUGAUUUCAGUUAUCAAUUAAAAUGAGGUUGUUUUUUUUCUAA